CCGCGUAGAACGCUUGGGAGCUGGUGGACUCAGCUUAGGCCAUGGAUUUUCCGAAGACUGUCGAGGAGAUAUUUGAAGAUUAUCAGCGACGAAGGAGCGGAUUGCUUCGGGCCUUAACGGACGACCUUGAGGAGCUUUACCAACAGGCAGACCCAGAGCGUGAGAACUUAUGUUUGUAUGGUACGCGAGAAGGGACCUGGGCGGUGGAACUUCCGGCCGAUGAAGUGCCACCUGAGCUGCCCGAGCCGUGCCUGGGCAUCAAUUUCGCGCGAGAUGGAAUGGCAAAGAGGGACUGGGUUGCACUCGUUGCAGUGCACUCGGACUCAUGGCUUCUCGCAGUCGCGUUCUUCUACGCGGUGAAGUUGGAUGCAGCCGGCAGGAUGCGGCUCUUCAAGCUCAUCAACACUAUGCCAACUUUGUUUGAGAGUGUGAGCCAGCGUAACAAGUACAGUAAAUCAUCAGCUCCUCAACCUCAGCCGGGGCCUGUUGUCAAAAAGAAGAAGUUCGAGGACCGGCCUGUGGAAAGCAAGUAUCCGUCAGGACGGCUCUUAAAGGCCGAUGAUGUUUCUCCGGCUCUUAAAGGGCGACAAGCUGAGCUGUUCUGGCCUGACAACCAGCUAUGGUACCUUGUGGAAAUUAUUAGUGUCAACGCGAAGACAAAGCAGGCCAAGAUUGUCUACGCCAGCGUGGUUGGGGUCGCGGCUCCCGGUUUGAGGGUUGCAGAGAUGGGGGAUUGGGGGCAGGUGGUCGUUCCCGGCGCCGCAUGUCGCCUCCACUUCUUCGCGUCGUUGCUGCAGCUGCGCGGACUGGUCCCGCGCACAAGCCCCUGCGUCAGCAGCCAAGGGCACAUCCUGUGCUUCAACGCCCCAACCCCCGUCUACCUCCCUCGCUGCCGGUCUGCAGGGGAGCUGUUUGGCGGGCUGGAGGUCCCCCCCGGCGAGAAUGAUGGCGCCUGUCUUCUGGCGGCGUUAGCGGCUUCCGCGUCCUCCACCGCGUCCACCUCGUCCGUGCCGCAAGUGCUGAGCCAGCUGCGGGGCCCAUGGGCGCUGCUGUUCUGGGACCCUAGCCGCCAGCAGCUGUGGUUUGGGCGGGAUGCGCUGGGUGGGGUUGUGUCCUGUGGGAGUGAAGGAGGAUGGCAGCUGGGUACCGCUGGCGGUGACGCUGCCGCCGGGACAGCCCCGCCAGGCGGUGGUGGCGGCAGUGCAGCCGACGGCGAGGAUGCGGAGCCGUCGGGCUGCGACGGCUAUUGGACUGAGAUGCCGCCGGGAUUGUACGGUAUCAGCUUUGCAGUACAGGGCAGUGGGCCAGACGGCUCCAACUGGAAUGCGAUGAUGGGGCCGGAGGGGGGUGAGGGGCGGGGGGGAGUCAGCCCGUGUGGCGAGCCUGUGGGGUCUCCAUCUGCUCGGCCCCUAAGAAGACGUCUGGUGAUGGUGGGAUCCAGGGGGUUGUCCUUGGAGCGGUACGACUGGCACGAUCCGCUACUGCGGCAGCUGGAGUCGUACUGCCGCACGGAGAGCUCACUUCUUCGGCAGCAGGCGCCAGUGGAUACGUCUGUGGCUGUGGCCACGGCGGCGGCAGUGGCGGUGGCGAGUGAGGGAGAGGAGGGAGAGGCUGUGCGGGAGGUGUACGGCGGGGGAUCCGGUGGAGAAGCGGAGGUUCUGGCGGUGGCGGUGGCGGAUAAUGCGGCGGCGGUGGCGGCGGCCGUGCGCCCGCAUGGUGCAUCUGACGAGUCCGUGGCGGCAGAGGCGGAGGCGGCGGGCCGCGGCCAUCCUCGGAGCAGCGCAACCGCAGUGGGGGAGGCAGGAGCUUGGCGGGACGCGCCUGUCAUGAUCUUGUUCAGUGGGGGGGUGGACUCGGUACUGUUGGCGGCUCUGGCGCACCGAGUACUGCCCCUGGAGGUCCCCAUUGACCUGUCCAACGUGUGUUUUGCGGGCGGCGGCUCCCCCUCACCCGACCGGGAGGCCGCACGGGAUGCGCUGGAGGAGCUAGCCAGCAGCUGUCCGGGGCGGUGCUGGCGGCUGGUGGAGGUGAAUGCGUCGUUGCGGGAUGUGGACCGGCACCGCUCGAGGCUGCUAGCUCUGUUACGACCCGCACACACCGUUAUGGACCUCAACAUCGGGGCAGCGCUGUGGCUGGCAGCUUCCGGGCAGGGCAGCUUGCGGCUGCCAUCCGCCGCCACCGCCGCCAACGGCGGCGCGCCAGAGUCCCUGAUGCCGGCCCCCGGCGCGCUGUACGGCUCCGCCGCUCGCGUGGUGCUGCUGGGACACGGCGCAGAUGAGCAGUGCGGCGGGUACGGCCGUCACCGUACGCGAUUUCGGAGCGGUGGUUGGGUUGGGCUGUCGCAGGAGUUGGAGGUGGAUGUACGGCGGUUGUGGCUCCGGAACCUGGGUCGUGAUGACCGUCUGGUGGCGGACUGGGGCCGCGAGGGCCGGCAUCCCUUUCUUGACGAAGACGUGAUGCGGUUUUUGCUGCAGGCGCCGCUCGAGCACAUCGUGGACCUUCGGCAACCUCCCGGCCAGGGCGACAAGCGGCUGCUACGGCGCGCUCUGGUGCUGCUGGGCUUGCCUCGCGCGGCGGCCCGUGUGAAGCGAGCCAUCCAGUUCGGCAGCCGCAUCGGCAAAGUGUCCAACACUCGCGACUUUGGCAGCAACCGACAAGCCAACCGGCGAAACGCAGGGAGCGUGGCGUUGCAGGACCUGACGACCUCCGGCGAGCAGCAGCUCCCCCGGGCCCAUAACGAGGGCGCAGGAGGGACGCAGCUUCCCUCCCGUGCUCACAUUGCACCAUCGUACGACACUGGCGAUCUACAUUCAGGAACGUGUGCUACGGAAAUGGUGGAUUCAAUUAUUAUUUAUAAACGCGUGGGUCAGUGCGACUGUGCGACUGUGACUCCUCCCAUCCUCUUGACCUCUUCCUAUCACUCGUGA